CGUGUCUCGCUGCACAGCAGAGAGGGCAGGACACACUGGAGCCGCACUGCUGCAAGGCGGCUGCGGCGGAGAGGAUUGUGGAGCUCAUUGAGGAGCUUCCUGAUGACUCUCCGCCCGGCGUCGUCCUGGCCAACUGCCUGAUCGCUGUGGCCAACCUCAGCACCAUGACACCUGCCUUGGAGCCGGAGCUGGAGACCCACCUCCUCCGAACUGCCCUGCAUGCCGUUUUCACCCUGGACACGCGGACGGACACCACCCAAGUCCAGGAUCUGCAUAGGGUCAUGCCAGACCUCCUGGACGCCAUGCUGGGGAACCUGCUGGCAAAGUCCCCAGAUACCAACAAGCUCCACUACAUCUUGGAGCACAUUAACUACUGGAUGGUGUCCAGGGUGUCGCGUGAGAGAGCCAGGGCCAUUAGGAGCAGCGCAACCCUGCUCACCUCCAUCAUCACCCUCCCUGACUUCGACAACUCAGCCGAAUUCCCCGAGAUGGGUCACCACGUGGCACAGCUGGCUCUGUCCAUCGGUGACCCAGACAAGGACAUCAGCCGGCAGGCCAGGGAGGGGGUUUUCCGGCUCUACCAACUGUUGCUGCACCAGAGGGACCUGACCAUCCACGAGGCCGAAGAGCUGUGGCUCCGAGACUGGCAUGAGGACAGCAGGCUCCUCGGCUAUAAAAACACAGCCAGGGUCGGGGAGGUCUUUGGAAAGUUAUUCUCGGAGGGGCAGAGACGCUUCUUCCUGCGGACGGCAGUGCUGGCCAUGCACAACCCCCGGCUGCGUGUCAGCCAGGCUGGGCUGCUCCUCACUUACUCCCUGCUGGGGCAAGCCCAGCAGCUGCUGGGGGACAAGCAGGAGGAGGUCACCUAUAAGGUGACGCAACAACUGCACAUCAUCCACAACUUGCACCAAGUGCCUGAGGCAGUGCAGGAGCUCUGCCUUAGAGGCCACCAGCUACUCCCACUCCCUGUAAACGUGGAGUGUAGUGAGACUGAGUGGUCUCCCUCCGACUGGGAGAGCGAGAGACCCCCUACACGCCUCUUGGAGGCUGGGGCCUAUAUUGCCCCGCCCCCCUCGCCCUAAGAACUGGGGCGUGGCCGGAAUUAUAAAAGGCCUGCCGUGCUGCACAGUUGGGGGAGAGCCUGCAAGAGAGGAGGACGCUCGGCCUGUUCUCCAGAGGCCCAGAGAGGAUCCCGCUCCUGGCUGUUCCCGAUCCCCAGGCGUGGACGAGGACUGGCCCGGAGUCCCCGCUGCGGUUUACCCCAAGGAGCCGGAAGAGGCCUGGAGGCCGCAGGGCUCGCCAUCCGUCUUGGAGCUGAACCCCAGAUGGGAGCUGAUAGAUUGUCCUUGGUGAGCCAUGUUCUUGUGUGGGAUGGAGCUGAGGGCCAGAGAGGGCCAGGAGCAGAUGCAUCACGCCUGGCCAGGACCGGGCUAAACAGCCUGUAACACUAGACAGGCAGCCCGUGAGUCCAGUUUGCAGAAUGUGGAAGAGCCCUUUGGUGAUGUUUUGGAGGAUUCCCCACGUAGGUGGCAGCAGCUGCAGUGCCUGGGGUCCCCAUGGGCCAAGCCUCCACUCCUGACACUCCAGGCUAAUCUCC